UUCGGGAGGGAUGGUCGUUUCGACCUCGUUUUUCACGAGUUCCCGCCGAUCGUGUUUCGGCGAACUUUUUUCGCGCACUGGAUUCUCUUUGUCUGUGAAUAACUUAGCUAAGUGAAGUUGAAAGGCAACAGUUAUUGUUUAAAAAUUGACGGAAAAUUGCUUAAAGGAUCGUUAUGUAAACACCGGUUUAAGUGAUAGCCAUUUUUAAUUAUAAAAUACAAUGCUGUUAAAUACUUGAAAUCCAAGAUGGCGGACAUGUCUGGUGGUAUAGUUUGUGUGCUGUUAUUGACAAUUUUACUGGACAAUGGCUUCUGUCUUCAGGAGAAUGAAGAUUUGGUCGACUUUGUUCCAGUGUCGACGGUGGAUGUGCAGGCAGUGGUCGGCCGCACCGCGCACCUACCCUGCGACAUCGAGCCGGACACUAACGAAGAUAGGGUCUACAUGGUGCUGUGGUUCCGGCAUGCGGGCGGCAAGCCUUUGUAUAGUUUUGACGUGCGCGGGCGCAGCUUCAAUAAAGCGCUGCACUGGUCGGACCCAGCCGCGUUCGGGAGAAGGGCGUACUUCGUCACCAUGUCACGACCUUCGUCACUUAACGUGGAGGCAGUCCAGCUUGAUGACGAGGGCAUCUACCGCUGCAGGGUCGACUUCAAGAACUCACCGACAAGGAAUUUUCAGAUACGCCUCAACGUUGUUGUGCCGCCCCAUCAAUUGCUGUUGUAUGACGAGAACGGAAGAGACGUGGCGGGCGUGAUUGGACCCUUGGAGGAGGGCGGCAACUUCACAUUGCUCUGCGAAUUGAGAGGCGGUCGUCCACAACCAACGCUCACGUGGCUGAUCAACAAUAGAACUAUAGAAGACCAUACUAUACUUAAGAACGAUGGCAAAGUGAUUGUUAGUAAAAUCUCCAUCGGAGGCGCAGAGAGGAGCUGGUUGAACACGACUGUGAGAUGUCAGGCCACCAACACUGCACUACUCAGUCCACAUGAGAGGACGGCUAGAGUUGAAAUGCAUCUUCGUCCAACAUCAGUGUACAUAGUUGAGAAGCCGAUACAAGUCUCCGCGGAUACGGAGGUGACCCUCGUGUGCGUGUCGCACGGCAGUCGUCCACCCGCACAGAUCACAUGGUUCAGAGAGAACAGGAAAUAUACCAGGGGAAAGAAUACGGAGUUUUCGAACGAGACGUCAACAAUAAGCAGGCUGACAAUGCUUCCUCAGCCGGAAGACGACGCGGCGGUAAUAAGGUGUCGGGCGGACAACCCCAUUCUGAGGGUGGCUUUAGAAGAUUCUUUCAGGAUGAGCGUAGUCUACAGGCCAGUUCUCACCAUGUCACUGGGCAGUACACUCAACCCCAAUGACAUAAAGGAGGGCGACGACGUGUACUUUGAGUGCAACAUCAGAGCAAACCCGAAAGAGCAUCGCAUCUCCUGGUAUCAUAACGACCAGCAAGUGACACAGAACAUGUCCUCCGGUGUCUUCAUUAGCACCAAGUCGCUGGUGCUGCAGCGGGUGAUGAGACGCGACGCUGGUCUCUACACCUGCAGGGCAGCAAACCAGAUCGGCGAGGCCAGUAGUCAGGCGGUAUAUCUCAGAGUACAAUAUGCACCAAUUUGCGAGCAGCCUUCACCUCUACUGAUCGGUGCGAGAUUCGACGAGUCUCUGCGCGUGCGGUGCACUGUGAGCGCGGACCCCGCUGACGUCAGCUUCUACUGGCAGUUCAACAACAGCGGCGAGAGCUUCCAAGUCUCACCCGCUAGAUAUGUAUCGACGGGAGGCACAGCUAGCGAGCUGCGGUACCGCGCGGCGAGUGAACGUGACUACGGCGCCUUGCUCUGCCGCGCGACCAACGCUGUUGGCCGGCAGAAGAAACCCUGCGUCUUUCAAAUUGUACCAGCAGCUCGUCCAUCUCCACCAAAGAACUGCACAGCAAAGAGGAUAAUGAAGAAUGGUGAAGUUCAUCUCGCGAUACAAUGUACUGCCGGGUAUGAUGGUGGACUGUCACAACAUUUCACUUUAGAAGCACUAGGAGAUGCUGGAAGAAUAUUAGUUAAUGCGACAGCUGAAAGAAAUGAUAUGUCGGUAUGGCUGAACAUCAGUUUACUUGAGCUUGAUACGUUAAGUGAAGACGAGACGCUGGCGAUUUAUGCUAGAAAUAACAAAGGAGCAUCAGAUCCUGUAAUACUAAGAGAUAUGGUUUACAGAGAUGCCGCGAAACAAACAGAGAACACAACGCGGUCAGACUCAAAGUUCCCGGCCGCCGCGGCGUUCGCAGGUUUGGCAGCUUGUCUAACUGCGAUUGCGGCCAUCGUUGUCCUGGUAUUAAAAAAGCGUAGUGAUAAUGCGUCAACUAGUAAGAGGCCAUCGCAAAGCGUGGUACAAGUUGACGCUAAUGGGAGACGUUACCUCAUCGCGUAUCCCGCGCCCGCUGACAAGAUGGAGACCAAACCUGAUAUACUAAAUCCUAAAGCCGACAGCGAGCCCCCGCGAGUUGUGCUGGAAUCCAGCGACAACAAGAGCUACACCAUACGCGAUGUCCACGGGGAUGGCCAACCCUCUGCCCCCGCGCCGCAAGUACCCUACACCUCGCCGCCGCCGCACGACGACAUCGUGCCACAGAGAUAACAAGAAGAAUGGAACGCUGUCCUGUAAAUAAAUCAUCCAAAGACUACCAUUGUAAAUUCCAAAUAUUGCCAAUGAAUUGUAUUAAGUUAUAGAUCAAUUCUUCCAUAUCAUUUUAAAAAUGUCCUAUUUUAUAGUGAGAAUUUAAAUAAGGUUUCUAUUCAUUGUGACUAAACCCCGUCGUACACAAGGGAAUUUUACAUAGCUCGCGACGUGAGUAUCGCGUAGCGCGCUCUGUAUACCAAGUACACAAACAUAAUUAUAUGAAAAUGUAUUUUGUUGAAAUAGGUAAAACAAAAU